AUGUACUGUGCACCUGUGUAUGCCCGACAGUACUGUGUACCUGUGUAUGCCCGACAGUACUGUGUACCUGUGUCUGCCCGACAGUACUGUGUACCUUUGUAUGCCCGACAGUACCUUGUACCUUUGUAUGCCCGACAGUACUGUGUACCUGUGUAUGCCCGACAGUACUGUGUGCCGUUGUAUGCCCGACAGUACUAUGUGCCGUUGUAUGCCCGACAGUACUGUGUACCUGUGUAUGACCGACAGUACUGUGUACCUGUGUAUGCCCGACAGUACUGUGCACCUUUGUAUGCCCGACAGUACUGUGUACCUUUGUAUGCCCGACAGUACUGUGUACCUGUGUAUGACCGACAGUACUGUGUACCUUUGUAUGCCCGACAGUCCUGUGUACCUUUGUAUGCCCGACAGUACUGUGUACCUGUGUAUGCCCGACAGUACUGUGUACCUGUGUAUGCCCGACAGUACUGUGUACCUUUGUAUGCCCGACAGUACCUUGUACCUUUGUAUGCCCGACAGUACUGUGUACCUGUGUAUGCCCGACAGUACUGUGUGCCGUUGUAUGCCCGACAGUACUAUGUGCCGUUGUAUGCCCGACAGUACUGUGUACCUGUGUAUGACCGACAGUACUGUGUACCUGUGUAUGCCCGACAGUACUGUGCACCUUUGUAUGCCCGACAGUACUGUGUACCUUUGUAUGCCCGACAGUACUGUGUACCUGUGUAUGACCGACAGUACUGUGUACCUUUGUAUGCCCGACAGUCCUGUGUACCUUUGUAUGCCCGACAGUACUGUGUACCUUUGUAUGCCCGACAGUAA